ACUGAGGGUGUGCGCGGGAGGCGCGCGAGUGACGGCGCGCCGUCGGUGUCAUGCGGAAGAUGGCGGCGUCCAGGGGAGUUUGAGGGCUCCAGGGACGCGGUGAGAGGUUUCCGUACAGCCGGAACGUUCAGUUUGAGAGAUCCCUUCGCUCUGUUUCCUGCUCUCAGGUUCCCUAUCGGUGUCCUUCCAGGCCCUCGGGCGCGAUGUGGAGGAGCUGCCCCCGCCUGCGGAAUUGGGGGCGCCGUGCCCUGAACUGGUCCCCAGGUGGCCCCACGACCUCCAUGGGGCCGGGGCCAAACACCCUGUCCCCAUCCCGGGACUAUGCUCCCCCAGCAGGUGGCUUUGAGAUAAACCUGGACCACAGGAAGCUGAAAACUCCCCAAGCCAAGCUCUUCACUGUCCCCAGCGAGGCCCUGGCCAUAGCGGUGGCUACUGAAUGGGACUCCCAGCAGGACACCAUCAAGUUCUACACCAUGCACCUGACCACACUGUGCAACACGUGUCUAGACAACCCAACCCAGCGAAAUAAGGACCAGCUGACCCAGGCAGCCGUGAAGUUUCUGGACACCGACACCAUCUGCUACAGGGUGGAAGAACCACAGACAUUAGUGGAACUUCAAAAGAACGAAUGGGACCCAAUCAUAGAAUGGACCAAGAAGAGAUAUGGCGUGGAGAUCGGCUUUUCCACCAGCAUCAUGGGGCCCAGCAUCCCAGCCAAGACUCGGGAGGUGCUUGUCAGCCACCUGGCCUCUUACAACAUGUGGGCCCUACAAGGGAUCGAGUUUGUAGUGGCCCAGCUCAAGUCCAUGGUGCUGACCUUGGGCCUGAUUGACCUGCACCUGACAGUGGAGCAGGCUGUGCUGCUGUCACGCCUGGAGGAGGAAUACCAGAUCCAAAAGUGGGGCAAUAUUGAGUGGGCCCAUGACUACGAGCUCCAGGAGCUGCGGGCGCGCACGGCCGCGGGCACCCUCUUUGUCCACCUCUGCUCUGAGAACACGACGGUCAAACACAAGCUCCUGCAGGAGUGAGGCCCGGGCAGCACAUACCGCAUAGCCCAGGACUGAGGCUGCACAGCCACAGGCUACCCGGCCUGCAGGACCCCCAGCUCAGCCUGCACUUGGCAUUGCCUGAGAUGCCUGAGACACAGUGCCGUUAGGAAGUCAGCUUGAGAGCACCUGGGUGCCCUGCCCCAGCCAGCAGCGAGUGAGGGGAUGUGUUGUAUGAGUGACUUGCUCUUAACCCUGGUUUUAUUAAAUAUUUCUCCUCCCUGUGAA